UUCCUAAGCAUUUCGAGAAAAAAUGAAUUUAGUGGUCUUGCACAAAAGUCGGGACUCAAAUGAUUCCAACACUGGCGUUAAUUGCCGCUUCAAAGACUAGCCAUGACAGACAUGAAUGUCGACUGGAAGAAAACUGCACUCCUUGUCAUUGAUAUGCAGAACGACUUCAUUCUGCCAGGCGGUCCCAUGUACAUUCCUAUGGGGGCCUCAGUUGUCCCUGCUAUAAAGGAAGCUGUUGAUUUUGCCAGGGAGAAAGGGGCUUUCGUUGUAUGGGUGGUUCGUGAACAUGAUAAAUAUGGUAGGGAUGUUGAGCUUUUUAGAAGACACUUGUAUGGAGAGGGAAAGGAAAAACCAACCACAAAAGGAACCAAGGGGGCAGAUCUAGUUGAAGGUCUAGUGAUUCAAGAAGGAGAUUAUAAACUAGUGAAAACAAGGUUCAGUGCGUUCUUUGCAACAAAUUUGCACACUCUUCUUCAAGGUGCUGGUAUCACAAGUGUUGUUGUUGUCGGAGUACAGACGCCAAAUUGUAUCAGGCAGACUGUGUUUGAUGCUGUUGCACAUGAUUAUUACCCUGUUAUAGUUCUAAGUGAUGCAACUGCUGCAAAGACACCUGAAGUACAUACAGCUUUGUGUUACAAACAUUCAGUUGAAGAUUUCUUUUGUCUGACAGCAAAUCUGAUCGAUAUGUGCAAUGUGGGAGUCCAAACACCAACACUAUGUGCUUGGAGUGGGAAGGAUGUGUAACGAUCAACCACUCAUUGCUGAGUCAUGAGGCAUGGACCUGCAGGUGAUAACAGAUUCUGGCACCAAAAAGUAUGAAUGGCAAUUCUAGGUGUUAAGCUUUUUGUAAAGUAUAAUCAGGUCUUUGGAAUCAAAUGGAACACAAUGGUCAUCUGGAUGCUGGGUUUUUAUCGUUUCUCUUUAGAAAAGAUCAAAAUCUCUGAAGAUGGGUUUAGAAGUUAAUACCCAAGGGCCAAAACAUCUGAAAUAAAAGAGUUCAAAACACAGUUGAAUCAUAUAUUUGUCAAAACGAGUACCUGUGGGAUUUUCCAAGUUUUCAAAUGUAUGCUCUUCUAUUCUACUACUAAAUGAUGUUCAAAUGAGAAAAAGUAGACUCCAGUA